UAAGUCCGUAAAAAAUAAUAUCGAUCUGAAAUUAAUGAUAAAACAAAAAAAUACGAAGCAAUCGAAUAUCGUGCUUUCAAUGCCAUCAAAUGAUUUUAAUAAAUCUUAUAUAACCUCCUUUUCGAUCUAAAUUAAAUUAUUAAUUAUAAAUCAAUCAAAUCUAUUAUUAUCAGAAAUAUUAUUUCGAAAUCGAAUUUUAUAUUUUUUGUCGCACUCAUGUUCACGAAUAUGGAACAGAAUUCUAAUUGUAACGAUCAAGAUCGAUUGCAUUCAUCAUUAAGACACAAUGGUAUUCUUCGCGGACAAACUACUACUAUAACAAAUAAAAUAAAUUCUCAACAGCCAACGAAAAGAUUACCCUCAGCUGACGAAAUAUCGAUCCAGUCAGUGAGCCUGGUACAAGCAACAAACGGAACGAAUCUAAGAAAUCCACUAUAUCACCAAAAACCGACUUCCUAUCCCAAGGAUUUUAUAAGACGAAGAUUUUGCAAAUGAAACAAAAAAAACAAUUCGACCAGCAAAUUUUAAAAUCUGUUAUCAAACCAUCCAAUUUUGUCUCACCACCGACUAUUCUAACAAAAACUAUGGACAAAGUACGGAAGCAAAUCCCGACUCGAACUUUGUUAAAUUUGAAUCAAAACAAUGAAGAGAAAAAAAUCGAUAAACAUUCGAUUCUUUCGAAAACGACGAGAAACAAUUAUCAAAUAAUCGCAAGCAAAGAUUCGUCGGAUUGCAACGAAGAAAUUGUUCAUUGUUUCGUACCAUCAAAAAACAUAUCUUCGCAGGAAAAUUCUAUUAUUAUUAAAGCGAAUACGUCCGAUGAAACAGAAGUAGAUAAUAAAUCCAUUGAACCUAAGCUGAUUGAAGUGAAUGAAAUACCCUUCGAAAAUCUAAGCAUAGAUCAUAAUAACAAGGAAACCUAUUUUGCGGUUCAACGGAGAGUGGAAGAAGCUGUUAAGAAUAAAAAGAUCUUUCUGAUACGUGGUGAUAUUCCGUAUUUGGAAAAUACAUUAAAAAAAAGAGGUUGGAUAAAGAAAUACGAAUCUAGAAAAACGAGACACGUACCUUACGGUAGUGUAGCUAUUAUAGAUUCACCGUCGAUUGGCAAUAUUCAUCUUCCAGACGGAUCCUUGAACGAAGAUUAUAUUAUUUUCACUGUGUUGAAACAUGUACCACCAGACUUUAUUUGGGAUUGUAGAAAUGAUUUUGUGGAAUGGACGGGCCAUAUCAAACCUGAAACUUUGUUGAAUAGAUAUGAAAAAUCAUUUAUAUAUACGUCGAAGCUUGGAAUGGCAAUAAUUUUGGAAAAUGUUCAUUGGCAUACCGAAGAUAAUAUUGCCUCUGUACAAUAUCCAAGAAGUUACAACGUUGCCCGUGACAAAACUGCAUUUCUCGAUGAUUAUCGACAAACUGCAGCGGUGAGCCUUUUAAAAUGGUUUACCGAUCAAAUCGAUCAAGGUGUCGAUAUAUUUAAUAAAGGCUCGUCGCCAAUUUCUUUGAGACAAAUCGAAUUCGCGAUAAAACGGUGUGAGAAUUUUAUUGCCAUGAAAAAUGACGAAUUUUUGGACGUAUCAGAAAGUCCUAUUUCUCCGACAGAGUGGGAUAAAUUUAUCGACGAUUACGUUAUGGCUGUUCAUCGUGGUAAUGGAAUUAUGGAAGAAAAUUUUCAAGAGUACAACAAAGAACGAUCGUCUUUAUCUAUACUGUACGAUUCGGCAGUGAAAAUUUUAAAGAGAGUCAAAGAAAACGAUCCUCAAUACGAGUUAAAUGGAAUGCGAAAUAUUUGGAUCUUAAAGCCAAGUAAUUAUUGCUGCGGUGUAGGAAUUGCAAUGGCCCAUAAAUUAAGUUACAUAAUUAAGAGGGUACAGGAUUGCGCAAGAGAUUAUUUUAUUGUACAAAAGUAUAUAGAAAAACCAUUACUCGUUAAGGACACGAAGUUCGACGUUAGGCAAUGGUACCUUGUUACUAACAGUUAUCCGCUAACUAUAUGGAUUUACAAAGAAUCGUUUUUACGUUUUAGCUCAAGGCCGUUCUCUUUUGAUAGCUAUCACGAAGCGAUACACAUUUGUAACACUGCAGUCCAGAAUAAAUAUAUUAUUCCUAAGACUUCCAUUCGUUCUCAGGAUUGGGAUUGUGAAAAACUUAACGAAUACUUAAAAACAAUAGGCUACACGGGAGAACCAUGGUACGAACAAAUCUAUCCAAAAAUGUGUCAAGCUAUAAUCGCUACUAUGUUGGCAGCACAAGAACACAUGGAUAAAAGAAGAUACAGUUUUGAAUUGUACGGAGCAGAUUUUGUAAUUAUGGAGGAUCUAUCCGUUUGGCUGAUAGAAAUAAAUACGAAUCCUCGUAUGCAUCCACCUGGAACCAGAAUCACUCAGAGAUUAUAUCCUAAUGUAUUGGAGAGUCUUAUAAAAGUCAUAAUGGAUUAUCCAUUCGAUCCAAACGCAGAUACAGGAGAUUUUGUGUUAGCGUAUAAACAAGUGAUCACCGAAAUACAGCCAAAUACUGGAUUAUGUCUAACUGCUUUGGGUAAAGCCAUGCUAACAAAAUCCAAAAUUGUACAACAGCCGAAUUGGCAAUACCUCUGA